CUCAAUCCGGCCGACCGCCAGUCGCCUAUACCUACUCCUUUCCUUCCUUCCCUCCUCCGGAUGCGCCAGUGUGAUUCUCUCGGCUUUGGAAUCCAACGGCCUGGGAAAGAGAGAGUCCGAGUGGUUGUUUGUUGUCGCACGAUUGACUCUUUGGCCUCUGGCGCUGUUGUCGCUGUCGUCGUGUUGUCCGCAGUUCGCAGCUCGCAUCUUUUUUUUUAUCCUUCUUUUCCCUCUCCUCGCCCUUCCAGGUACCUUCCUACCUAUCAAUUGGCCAGCCUAGGUGCAUUUGUGCUCCCUUCCUCACAACCAACGAGCAUCGAGAAUCACCAGAUACUCCAGCCUAGCCGUGCCAGGCCAGGCCACGCCAGCCAUAUCGCACCAUCACCAGCGAAGCAACGCACUGACCGGGCGGACGACCUUGGCCUCAUCCAAACGCGACCGCCGAAACGAAACACCAGCGCUGUGCAAUUGAGUUCGAAGCAUCGUCACUAUCAGAAACCCAAACGCCCGACGUACCUGGCCUCGCUAGCGUCAUCCUACAUUAACUUGCAUAUAAUUCUUUUCUCUGACAUUAUCAGAAAGGUAAUUCACAGCGGCUCGACCAUAGCACAUCUGUCAAGUGAAGUCAAUUCAAACCAAGGCCCACACGAAUCGGAUCAAGCUAGACGACGCGACAGAAAACCACCGCGACCUGGCAACGCAAUUCGAUACAACUAUACCGAUCAACCUAUACCGCGUUCGCCGCCCACGAUCGACCCUCAGACUUGUGUUGUCCUCAAUUAAAGCUAUCCAGACCAGAACGGGCGGGUGAGCGAUAAUCUGUCUCUGUGGCACUACACGCAAUAAAAUCCUGGCUUAUUGGACGACCAAACGGUCAGACCGCUCUUGGACCUACUGCGUAGUUCUUUGCAUUGACCCGGCGCGUCUUCAGCUUUGUAUGCAAUCUAGCAAUCUCACAGUUCACAAACCGGACUAUUCCCUGCUCUGCCCUACCCUGCCCA